CAUAGACGGGCCUGUGCACUACACACUUAAAUUCCCCGUUGCUUGUCCCGGAACCAAACCAUGCAGCGGUCAAGUCGCCAGGCAAUUGCUCUUCUGCGUAGCCCGGCUACGCAGGAGGCCAUGCAGCAGCUGGCGGCCUCUACCUCUUUUGGCGCCCAGCAAUUCAGGUUCAUUGGAGGCGACAGGGUUCCUGAGUUCUGGGGCAAGCCAUCGCCAUACACCGGCGGCACAGACUUCCUGGGCACGCCGAAGAACCACCUUGACCUUAUCAAGAAGCGCCCGCUGUCGCCUGACGUAAUGGAGAUUGACAACAAGUCCGCGCACUACAAAUUCCCUCUGGGCGCGCUGAGCUCCAUCACCAACCGUGUGACCGGCGUGGCGCUGUCCGUGGGCUUUGCCGGCGCCGGCGUGUUCGCGCUGCGCGGCUCCCUGGACGGCGUGGUGGCGGCCUGCGCCGGCUCCUUCCUCAUCGGCUUCCCGCUCAAGUUCCUGGUGUCGUACGCCAUCAUCUACCACUGGCUGGGCGGGCUGCGGCACAUCGUGUGGGACGUGUCCAAGAUUGGCAACCAGGCCGACCGCACCAGUCUGCUGGAGCUGCCCAAGGUGGAGAUGAGCAGCAAGGUCCUGCUGGGAGCCAGCGCCGCCCUGGCGCUCAUCGCCGCGGUGCUGUGAGCGGCAGCACGGCAGUGGUAGCAGCCGAGUAGAGGAGCAGGCCAGCGGGAGGAGGAGGCGGGGCAGGAGGAGGCGGCAGCACCAGCAGUAGCAGCGGCCCGUGGGUGGAGGAGGGUGAUGACCGGUUGCUCAGUGUAGCGUGAGGGCGAGGCCAGAUGUGCAGCAGGGCCCGCGGGGCACGCGGUGCGCGGAGCUUCUCUGCAAUUGCACGGCUGUGGAGCGUGGAAGCCAGACUGUGCUGGCCUUUGUGGCGGUGGUGACGCGAGCGUGCCACUUGCGCUGAGAGAGCUUAUCUUUUUUUACUAGCGGGUGUUCGUGGACACACUGUGCAUAACGCAAGGGGUACCGGUGUUACUGAUGCGUAGGUAGGAUGUUUGGGCACCAGGCCAUGUUUAGAGCCGGUUCCUACGGCCAUUGAGUGUAUUGCGCCAAGUAGGGAAACGUGUGUGCGUGUGUUGAUGGUGCGCCCACGCCAAGAGCAAGAGUGUCGUGUAGCUGUGCGUGUGCGCCAAAGCGCGUGCAUCGUCCGUGCACGCCGGGGAGGGAACUUGUGUCACAUUCAUCUUGGUUCGCACUCCAGAGCACAUCUUACACCGCGCGACUGCGCGAGCGACAAUGACGUAGCGCAGCAGCCAAUCCGGGGCUGUACAACGCGUUGAAGGUCGUCUUGCCUCCCAAGUCACGGUUUUGCGCUCCACCUCCCUAC